GCAGCCACGUCCAACCCAGCCCAGUUAGGCGUCAUCUGGACGCGGUUUCGUCAUUCUCAGCUGCCUGCCCCGAACAGCGGCGAAACCCAAAGUUCGACCAAAAUAUUGAACAACGGAGACAACUGCUAGCACAAAGCAAAAGCAGGAUCCGUCCUCGCUCGUAACCGUAUCCUCAAAGCCCAAAGCCCCCCAGAACCGCCAUUUCCAGACAGCCUCGCAGACCGCCACCCAGAACCCGCCCCUCCUGGUCGAGAACACGCGCCUUGGCGGCUGAGACUCGCCGGCGAGAACCACCAUGUACGGCCAGAUGGCGCGCGGGGGCCGCCGGCCCAUCGCCCAGCGCUUCGACGAAUACUACCGGUGCUACCCCAUGAUCAUGGCGCCCGGAUCCGAGCGGCCGGAACUCAACCACGGAUCCAAGAUCUUCCUCCCGGCAUCCGCCCUCGACAAGGUCUCGAAGCUGCACGUCCAGUGGCCGCUGCUUAUGGAGCUGAUAAAUGGCGAGAACGACCGGCACACGCACUCGGGAGUCCUGGAGUUUGUUGCCGAGGAAGGCAGGGCAUAUCUGCCCCAGUGGAUGAUGCAAACGCUCCUUCUCGACGUCGGCGACAUGAUCCAGAUCAAAUCCACAUCGCUGGACCUUGCACGCCUCGUGAAGCUGCAACCGCAGUCCACAAAGUUUCUGGAUAUCAGCGACCCGCGCGCGGUGCUGGAGAAGGCUUUCCGCAACUUCGCCACUCUGACCAAGGGUGACGUCUUCAGCUUCGAGUACAACGACGAUGUCUACGAGAUGGCUGUUCUCGACGUCAAGCCCGAGUCAGCCAAGAUGGGUGUCAGCAUGAUCGAGACGGACGUGUCGGUGGACUUUGCGCCUCCUGUGGGCUACGUAGAGCCGGAGCGGCAGAAGGGCAGCGGCACAAGUACUCCGAGGAGUACUCGCGGUGGCGGCCUCCCGGCUGGCGGUCUGCUGCACGGCCAAGGCGGAAUGGCGCAGGCUAUCAACUACGAUGCCAUCGCCCCCAACAGCGCCGCCUUGGCCGCCACAAACUUUCUGGGCGAGGGCCAACGAAUCGGCGGCAAGAAGGGUAGCAGUAAGGCUCCGACCCCCAAGCCAUCCACGCCGGUCGCGGGAACGUCAGCCAACCCCCCGGACGCAGCGGCACAGCCCCGUAGGUGGGCCAACGGCCCAAUGCCGCUGCGUUUGCCACCAAACAAGUUGUUCUUCGGCUACGAAGUCAAGCCGGUAAAAACCGAUGCCGACAAGGAGCAGGACAAGGUGAAUGCGCAGCGGCCCCACUUUGCCGGUCAGGGGCAGACCCUCAGGGGAGUUGCAAAGCGCAAGGGUGAGGACGAUGAUCCGUCGCCGACACCAGAGAAGAAGCCAGGCGAGGGCCAGACAUUAGACAGCAAACGGUAAAUCGGUAUCAAGGUAUUUUAUCCACCGCCACCAGAGUACGCUAUAUUUUUGUCCACGUCGUGGUGAAUUGCUUAGAUCAGCAAAGUGGACAAGCUCAGGGUUCUGUCGUGCAUGGACAUCGGACUUGCACAGGCGCUUGGGCUACAGGCCUCAUGUAUUGUCGCAGUGGCCCUCGAUAUGUCCCGAGGUCUUGCUUGCUUUGAUUUUAAUGCUUUAUGCUUGGUACCAGUAGUUACUAAAUGUACUGUUCCGAGUCACAUCUAUAGGUUUUGCGCGAGAUUUUGCCCGCGUAUGUCAUUCGGAAACUACACAAUCAACAAUCAUGAUGGCAAUGCCCGCGUAUACAACUAAUCGCGCCAUGAGUAGAUCUUCGAGCAAUGCUCCGCUCGCAUGUAUUGUCACGCUCAACACUUCCAUUUCCUUCUGCCCGUUUAUUUAGUCCACAACCAGAUUUUCUAUUCUUAAGUUAGUGAAAUUACCUAUAGCAAGCUUCAAAAGCUCUUGGGGUUCUGCCUGAAGUUCCUCAAGGUUCCGUUGACGUCCGGCCUCACAGCUCAUAAAGUAAUGCUUAAAGAUAUCCCAAAAAAGAGAA